AUGGAGGGACGAGUGAAUGAAUGGACGGUCUACGGUGGGGGCAGUGUCCGCCCCUACUCCGCACCACGUCCAGGCCGCCCCGCACUUCGCCCCCACGCGGCCGCAGCACGCCCACCCGCCGCGGCCGGCGCGCGGGGUCAAGGGGCGGGGGAGGUGCAUCACGGCCGCGAGAAGGCCGGGGGCAGCGCUUCACAGCAGACAAAGGGCGCCGCCAUGUUAGAGCCGGGCGGAACCGACCUCGCUGGCUUCCCGGCAGUAACUUCCGUCGCUUGCCCAGCGCGGCUCAACGUGCGCGACCGCCAACAGGCGUUUGUGGCCGGCCCUGCCCCCACAAAGACUGUCCCCACAGCUCACAUCACUUGUGUUAUUGACCGUGCCACUGGAAAACAAGUCUCCCUGGCAGCACCCCCAGUGACACAAGUAUCAAGACCCAGCCAGGGACAUGUCACCCCGCCCAUGAAGACGGUUGUUGUGGUCGUGGGAAAAACCACGAUGCAUGGGACUCGGGACUUUUCGCUCAGUUGUAGACCUCUUGCCGGGGCCAAGGAUACCUUGCCAUCCUACAGAGGAUGUGGCGCUGAGAGGAGACCCUUGAAGGCUGGAGCUACUGAAAAGCAUUCAACUUGGGAGACAGUUGGGUGCUCUGUCCGGGCUCUCUCUUCCUGUAUCCGUGGGCAGGUUGGGUAG